CCAGUGCGCAGGCGCGGGAAAGUUGAAUAAUAAAGAAAAGUUCCUACGAGUUGAGUGGAGGAGACGGCGGCGGCAGCGGCGGGGCCCCGGACCAGGUGCCUCCAUGGCAGGCUCGGAAGAGCUGGGGCUCCGGGAAGACACGCUGAGAGUCCUAGCCGCCUUCCUUAGGCGUGGCGGGGCUGCCGGGUCCCCUGUUUCAACUCCACCCAGGAGUUCUGCCCAAGAGGAGCCAACAGACUUCCUGAGCCGCCUUCGAAGAUGUCUUCCCUGUCCCCUGGGGCGAGGAGCAGUUCCCCCUGAGUCCCCUCGGCCUAACUCCCUGCCCCUUCGCCCCUGCUAUGGUCCAGAGCCUGGUCCAGCAACUCCAGACUUCUAUGCCCUGGUGGCCCAGCGACUGGAACAGCUGGUCCAAGAGCAACUGAGAUCUCCACCUAGCCCAGAGUUACAGGGUCCCCCACCCACGGAGAAGGAAGCCCUGCUGCGGAGGCUGGUGGCCCUGCUGGAGGAGGAAGCAGAAGUUAUCAACCAGAAGCUGGCCUCGGACCCCGCCCUGCGCAGCAAGCUGGCCCGCCUCUCCGCCGGGUCUUUCGCCCGCCUGGUGGAGCUGUUCUCCAGCCGGGAGAGCAGCCCUCACCCAAGCCGGGCCUGCCCUGGGCCCCCGCCGCCUUCGCCGGAGCCCCUGGCCCGCCUGGCCCUGGCCAUGGAGCUGAGCCGGCGCGUGGCCAGGCUGGGGGGCGCCCUGGCCGGACUCAGCGUGGAGCACGUGCACAGCUUCACGCCUUGGAUCCAGGCUCACGGGGGCUGGGAGGGCAUCCUGGCCGUUUCACCCGUGGACUUGAACUUGCCCUUGGACUGAGAUCUUCCUCAGAAGCUGCUACAAGAUUGGACCUCAUGUCUCUACCCUCUGCGUGUGGUUUUCCAAGCUUUCCAAGUCCUCUCAGGGCUGUGGGGUGGGGGUUGCCCUACCUGCUUUUGCCAAAAAGAAAUCGUUUAAAACUUUUCAUAUUAAAAACUUUUUAAAAUA